ACGUUACUCCAGCAAGGGGAGGCACUAAGGGAGGAACUAGAAUUACUAUUUCAGGAUCCAAUUUCGGAAUUCAAGAUACAGCUGGAGAAUGUGUUUCUUCAGUUACGGUCAGUGGAACACUUUGCAACAUCAUUUUUUGGUCGAAUACUCGUGUUGUUUGUGUCAUCGAAGCUCACUCGAAAUCGGAAAAAGGAUUUGUGAAACUAAAAAAUGGGUGUAACGGAAAAGCUAAAGAGAUUAAUGCUAAAUUCCAUUUUGUUGAUAUGUGGUCAUCUGUGUUUACGUGGGGUGGGGCGGCACUUGGUCUGCCCGCGGCUGGAGACAUCGUGGUCAUUCAAAAAGGACAAACAAUCGUACUCGAUGUAAACACGCCAAUUCUCAAAAUGGUGGUCAUCCAAGGUGGAGAACUGAUAUUUGACGACCAAAAUGUGGAACUCCAGGCAGAAAAUAUAUUAAUAACAGAUGGGGGACUCCUACAGGUAGGCACAGAAGAGAAACCAUUCCAGCACAACGCCUUUAUCACACUACAUGGACACUAUCGAUCAAAGGAACUUCCAAUAUACGGAACAAAGUCACUUGCUGUCCGUGAGGGAACACUAGACUUACACGGAAGGCAUGUUCCUAUUACCUGGACAAAACUUGGUGAGACUGCCAACAUGGGUGAAACGAAAAUUAAAUUGCGGCAUACAGUCACGUGGCAGAAAGAGGAUCAGAUCGUUAUAGCAACAACAGGUGGAACGAGUUCCUAUUCAGAAAGCGAGGUUUUCACAAUAGUUAUGAUAGCGGACGACAAUAGGACUAUUACGCUUAACAAAAACUUGACAAGCACACAUCUAGGAGUGUCCGAAUUGUUGGCAGGACGGGAUGCUGAUUUCAGCGCCGAGGUUGGAUUACUUUCUCGUAAUGUGGUUAUUAGGGGACACAGCGACCCGCAGUGGACGAAGAAGGUCAAGGAAUGAUCCGAUGGGUUUAAUGAAAAUUUCUUUGCAACACAAACAUGCUAUCAGGGUCGAAGUGGAGAAGAGAUGGGGAGUGACCAAUUCGGAGCUCAGGUUAUGAUUCACACUACA